AUGUCCAACACAAUGAGAGCAAUCGAUAUUCGGGGCGAUGUUGGCCCAGCAGAAUCCCUUUAUAUGGCGGAUAUUCCAAAGCCUGUACCUAAGGAAGGCCAGGCACUGGUAAAAGUCAAAGCAUUCGGAAUCAACCGCGCAGACAUUAUGCAGCGUGAUGGAGAAUACCCGGUUCCUCCCUGGGUCGGUAAAAUCAUGGGAUUGGAAUUUUCAGGCAUCAUAGAGGAACUAGGGGAAAAUAGCGAAUCUUCCUUUAGUGUCGGCGAUGAAGUGUUUGCUUUAGCUUACGGAGGAGCGUAUGCCGAGUACAUUACUAUCUCAACUCAUAUGCUAAUCCACAAGCCAUCGCACUUGUCAUGGGAAAAGGCUGCGGGCAUUCCCGAAACAUGGCUUACCGCAACAAAGGUGAUGUAUAAGAUCGGGGAAUUUACACGUGGCAAAUCUAUUCUCUGGCAUGCUGGAGCUUCCGGGGUUUCUAUCAGUGGAAUCCAGCUUGCCCUCAGCGCUGGGGCCUCAGCCGUUUAUGCAACAGCACGAUCCGAUGAAAAAUGCGAUUUCUGCGUCAAUACCCUUGGGGCCACUGCGGCUUUCAACACUACCGAUCCAAAUUGGGUUGACCAAGUGAUGAAGGCGACUGAUGGCAAAGGCGUUGACAUAAUUGCUGACCUAAUUGGUCCCGAUGUCUUCGCUGAGAACCUCAAGAUUGCCGCCAAAGAUGCAAAAAUCGUGUUGAUCGGACUAAUGAGCGGAUUUAUCUUUAAAAAGGAAUUUGAUAUGGGACUGCUUGCUUUCAAAAGAGUCAGAUACGAAGGCUCAACUCUGAGAAGUCGAGACGAGGAAUUUCAGCGCAAACUGAGAGAUACUUUUGUAUCAGAGGCCCUUGCACAGUUCCAGUCUGGGCAGUUCAAAGUCUACAUCGAAAAAGUCUUACCCUGGGAAAAAAUCAUCGACGCGCACAAACUGAUGGAGACUAACAAAAUUAUGGGAAAGAUUAUUUGCACGAUCAACUAA